AUGGCCUCUAACGAUCAAACUAGAUUGUUCUCUGAGCAACCGGCGUUUUUUUCAUCGUUAAACACAAUAGUGGCCACAGGGACAUCCACCGCUUUUAGUCCUCGUCUACCACCCAUUCCAGAACAAGACUGGGAUUUCAAUUGGGAAGAGGAUACGUUUCCGCUCUCAAGUCCGUACGAAGGUUUCGAACAAACCACAACUACUAUCAAGCCUGCUGCCGACGACAACUCACUGCCCCAGACAAACGAGGAGUUGACCAAGUUACAAAAUGAGGUGCGACAGCUGCGUUACGAUAUCUCAGAGCUGAACGAAAUGUUCUGUAAGCGGUUAAACACUAUGGAGACGAGUUUAGUAGGGGCUCAACGCUAUGUCAACAAUCUAGUACCGUGGUCAAUGGAGGUUCACGAGAAGUAUUCGCAACUAUUAGCGAUAGCAAUGAAGCAGGAAGACCGAGCUACAGACAGGGUUGCAUAA